AAUAUGGAUUCGAUUCUCUGUGAUGAACUUCUCCAAGAAAUAUUCCGCCGCCUUCCUCCGUCGUCCGCCGCCGCUGUUUCAUUAGUCUGUAAGCGGUGGCUUCAUCUUCUUCGCUCUUCAACUACUUCUCUUUCUAUCUGUUUAAUUGAACCCCCUUUUAUCCCUCUUUUCUCCUCUUUUCUCAGUUUUCAUCCUUUUUUGUCUACUGUUUCUGUUACCAUUACACCUACAGUAGAUUCCUCCGAUCAAUUGCUUAAUUCCGUUGCUUCUUCUUGCCCUAAUCUCCGCCAUCUCCGAUUCUUGAAUGGUCCUGUUUCUACUUUAUCUCUGUUUUCUCUUUCUGUUUCUUGCCCUAAUCUUGUUUCUCUUGCUGUAACUCUUUUUAGACCCCUUUCUUUUCUCUGGGUACCCCCUUUUGGGUGUCUUAAAGAACUCUCAAUUUACCCAGCUGGAAAUUCAGGGGAAUUUGAUUAUGGUGACUUUUAUGGUUCUUGUGAGUUGAAUUUGGAGAGUCUUUUGUUGACUGGAAUUAAAUCAGGGGAUAAGGGGGUUGGUUUUUUAUGGAGGAAUUGCAAAAAGGUGACAACUUUGAAGCUGAUAAGCUGUGAAGAGGUUGGUGAUCAAGGUUCUUUUUUAGGAUUUCUUCAGUGUUUAGAGGGUCUUCAAGAAUUGGAAUUGAGAACUUGUAGGACAAUUGCUGAUGGGGUUUUGUUGAAAUUGGCUGAGAAUUGUGAUAUGUUGAACUCUUUGUUGGUCUAUGAUGGUGGUAGUAAAGAGGGGUUGUUUCAUUUCUUGACCCAAAGCAAAUGUGGUAAUUUGCAGAAUCUUGAUUUAAGGUUGCCUCUUGAUCUUGACAACAAUCAUUUGACAGCUGCUGCUGAAAAUUUAGGGAGUUUGAGGAGUUUAAGGCUUCAAAGUUGCUGUCUUGUUACUGGUGAAGGGCUAAAGAUUCUUGGAAAUGCUAUGGCUGAUGGGCUUGAAGAAUUGGCUUUGAUAAACUGUGAUGUAGUGGAAAGAGAAUCAGGUUUGUUGACUACAUUAGGACAAGAUUUGAAAAGAUUAAGGAAAUUAGACUUGUCUUUUAAUGACAUGUUACUUGAUAAAGAACUGAUAUCAAUGCUAGUAUCUUGCAACAAUCUGAAUGAAUUGAAGGUAAGGGGUUGCAAAAAGUUGACAAAUUUAUCUAUGGUUUCAUUGACCAAGUGUUGCAAGAAAUUACAAAGUGUUGAUGUAAUGUAUUGUUGUGGGAUUGAGGCACAUGGUGUUGAGUUAUUUGUGUUGAAUUCACCAAAGUUGAGACUGUUACAAGUUGAGGAAAAUAAGGUUUCUGAUGUGGCUAGGACAUGGGCAUCAAAUAAAUUCAUUGAAGUUGUUCCUUGAAAAUUGAUUUAGCGUGUUUAUUGUUCAUAACAAAUGCUGAAAAAGGUAACAUUUGAUGCUUGUUAUUUUGCUGCCACUGUACAGAACAUCACAACUAAGAUGCUUGUU